CAAAAACCACGCCUUGAUCUUCCCUCCUCCUCCUUCUCCUUCUCCGUCGCGUUCGAUCCAAUUCCCUGUGUUCGCUCUUUCCUCGCUUCCCCAUUCAUGGCGUACUUGGUGGGUGGGAGCGGAAAUUGCCAGCAGAGUGGUGCUGCUGAGACCUCGCGCGAGCUCCAUUCCAAUGCUCGUGCGGAGCUCCGGAUGGACGGGGCAAUUCGGGAUCGCUUUGCCAUCCCCGCAUCGUGUAGAGUUGUCUAGAGGCUUCUCCCGUUCGAGGGUCGAUGAUGGGCUCUGCUCGAAUUGAUCGCUCGAUGAUUGGUCGUUUGAAAUUUCGGUUUUUUCUCGAUCCCAUCGUUCUGAUUAAACGUGGGUUGUGCAAAAAAAGUUUAAUUGAGCCUCUUCCUUUGGUGGCGAUGGAAGCGACGGGUGCGUCAGCAGACUCGGCACAAGAUAAUAAUAUAGCUGGAACAGAAAGACACGAGGCUAAUGUAUCGGAAUUGGGUGGUUUUAAGAACAGUGUAGAUGAGAUUCUCAAGAAGGUCGACCAGCUCGAGCUAAGAGUCAAUGAAGUUGAGCAGUUCUAUCUCAAUACAAGUAAAAAGCAAAUGAACAGUUUGAAAGGUAGCUCACUAGUUAAGGAUAAAGACAAAGAGAGGCAAAUCCCUAGCUUGAAGAAGCAGCAACUGGAUGCAUCUCGCAGAGAAGCAGCUGCUGCAAAGAGAAUGCAGGAGCUUAUGCGCCAAUUUGGCACAAUAUUGCGCCAGAUCGCUCAACACAGAUGGGCAUGGCCUUUUAUGCAACCUGUAGAUGUUAAAGGUCUUGGCUUGGAUGACUAUUAUGAGGUGAUUGAUAAGCCAAUGGACUUCAGUACUAUAAAAAACCAAAUGGAGGCUAAAGAUGGUACUGGUUACAAAAAUGUCCAUGAUAUAUGUGCUGAUGUGAGGUUAGUUUUCAAGAAUGCAAUGAAGUAUAAUGAUGAAAAAAGUGAUGUUCACAUGAUGGCCAAAACUUUGCUGGAAAAAUUUGAGGAGAGGUGGCUGCAGCUGUUGCCCAAGGUUACCUGAGAGGAAAAAAGACGAGAAGAGGAGGAAUUAGUUGCGCAGAUGGACAUGCAGCUUGCUCAGGAGGCUGCUUAUGCAAAGUUGGCAAGAGACAUAAGUAAUGAGUUCUAUGAGGUUGAUUUGCAUUUGGAAGAGCUUAGAGAAAUGGUUGUUCGGAAAUGCAGGAAAAUAUCGACUGAAGAGAAAAGAAGUAUCGGUACAGCCCUUAGUUUAUUGUCUCCUGAAGAUCUCCUCAAGGCAUUGGAGAUUGUUGCUCAGAGUGAUCCAAACUUCCAAUCAACAGCUGAGGAGAUAAACCUGGACAUGGAUGCUCAGGGUGAAUCUACCUUAUGGAGGCUGAAAUUCUUCGUGAAGGAUGCUUUGGAAGUUCAGGGGAAGGCUUCAUUAAGUAUUGGGGGAGAUAACAACAAUACCAGUAACACAAACAAGAACAAAAAUAACAAAAGCAACGGCAACCAGAACAACAAGAGGAAGAGAGAGAUAUGCGAUGCCAUCGCCAAAUCUGCCAAGAAAAGGAGUAAGAAACCCUCGUGAUUGCUUCACAGAGAACACAGUCAAGGGAGAUGCGGAGUUUCAUGUGACUUCUGGGAAGGCUUUCAGCUGAUCGGAAAAUGUAGACCUAGCUGUCAAGUAACAGUUUUCCCUCUUUACCGUCUAUGGAGUCGAAGUUCAUGCAGCUAAGUAACCCUUAAGAGGUCGGGUUGCUGUUGGUCAUCAAGCAGGAACUUGUUCUAGACACCGACAUUGUAAAUUCUCCCGCCGUCGCUAAUAUUUUGUUUCACUCUCCUUAA